UUUUUUUUUUUUUUUAAGACACGGAUUAGUUUGAUGUACAAGUUAGGGUUAGGGUUACAAUUUCCAUUCGCGCCUGUUUGAACAGAGAACUGUGCCGUAUAUUCAUUAAGAAUCCUGUAAGUAAAAAAAGUUCGAGCUCACGCCGAAUUAAUUAGCAGAGGGCAUGCGUCCGCUGAUGUAGAUUUCUGGGAGUCACUCAACUUACUUCACUUCACUUCAUUAUGGUGGACAAGGGUCCUCUUUUGACUUCGGCUAUUAUUUUCUACCUGUCCAUUGGGGCAGCAAUAUUCCAAAUCCUGGAGGAACCGAACUGGGAGAUCGCAGUAAAGCAUUAUAAAGCAGAGAAGGAUAAAAUAUUGAAACGAUACCCCUGUCUUACAAAGGCUGACCUGGAACACAUCCUAGAGGUGGUGUCUGAUGCUGCAGGACAAGGCAUCACUAUAACAGGGGACAGAACCUUUAAUAAUUGGAAUUGGCCCAAUGCCAUCAUCUUUGCGGCUACAGUUAUCACAACUAUAGGUUAUGGAAAUAUUGCCCCCAAAACACCUUUUGGGAGGGUUUUUUGUAUUUUUUAUGGGCUUUUUGGAGUUCCGCUGUGUUUUACUUGGAUCAGUGAACUUGGAAAGUUUUUUGGAGGACGAGCUAAACACCUUGGGCAAUAUCUCACUAAGAAGGGGGUUACGCUGCGGAAAACACAGUUCAUCUGCACAACCAUCUUUCUGUUUUGGGGCAUGUUGGUCCAUUUGGUGAUCCCUCCAUUUGUUUUCAUGUCUCAAGAAGGUUGGACCUACAUUGAGGGCUUGUACUUUUCUUUUGUAACUUUGACUACUAUUGGUUUUGGUGAUCUUGUAGCAGGUGUUGACCCCAAUGCUGAUUACCCUACUCUCUAUCGCUGCUUUGUGGAGGUGUGGAUUUAUCUGGGUCUGGCAUGGCUCUCUCUGUUCUUCAAUUGGAAGGUGCGCAUGGUUGUGGAGGCUCAUAAAGCUUUAAAGAAGCGGCGUAAAAGGCACAAACUUUCUUUGGAUGAACUACAGUGCUAUAAGGAGGGCCAUAAGACCCUUCUGCCUCCAACCCCUAAUGACGUCAACAUCUUCAGCUUCUUGUCCAAGAAAAAAGAGGGUUACAAUGACCACAUCAAGCAGAUAGGUGCUGAAAAGGAAGGAGAAGGGCAAUGUGUCAGCUCCAUCACUGGUAGCAAGUCUAAAGCACCAAACCACUCAAAAAGCUGUAGUGAUGCUUCUUCCAUUAACGGAAAUGGCGUCAUCAAUCUAGAUCGCUCACCUCAACAGAAGCGCCGCUACAGCUUCAGUGAUCGAGUUACUGUGGCCCUCUCAAAAUCCAAAAACUACCUUCUUGGCCAAGAGGAAUGUCUUCUCAUGAAUGAGCUUCAUGGAGAAGUAGAGCAAGAGACUGACCUGCACCAAAUUUUUGAGAAUCAUUUGGACAAAGAAGCUGGAGUGAACCACAAAGGUCUUGGAUCUGGAGGUUGCAGUGGGUGUCGGAUAACAUACCAGACCCUUAUGUUUUCCAAUGCCAACAUCACUUUCAUUGAUGAGGAGAACUUGCUGAAAAACAACUUGGAGGAUGAUGAAAAUGACACUGUGCCCAAGUUUUCAACCUCAGAUGAUAACAUUGAAUCUGAGACUGACUCCAGAGAGGACCUGAGCUCAGAAUCAGAGAGCUCUGUAUUCACUACAGAUGGGUCGGACCACAGCCACUCCUAUGAGAAACUGGUGGAAGAGUAUUCCAAAGAGGACAACAGACACUUGAUCCCUUUAGGUGUCUCCUCCUUCAGUAAGGAGGAGACACUAUUUGAGGACACCCAUUUUCCACUUUUUAAGGAAUUUUAAAUAUAACUGUACAGAUAAGAAUCUGUGAAAUUCCUUUUUGUGUUAUGCCAAGCCACAUUGGAUAUUGCAAGAACAAAAGACACGAGUCUUCCUUUGAACUGUCUGACCUGACUAAAAUGCAGUUCACUUAUAAACAGUUCACUUGUUUACUUAUAAACAAACUAUAGGCAACUGUUGGCAUAGCGACGUUUUAUCCAUAAACAUCAAUAGCUAAAUAAUUUUGUUGUGGCUCAAGACAAUAACUUUUUGCCAUACAAUAAAUAAAAAUCCUGUUAAAGUG